AUUCUCACCCACAACUCACCAGUGUUGUUGAAACUACAGCAUCUACUGUCCUUCAAUAUUUAUCUCAAUUUAUUAACGAUAAUAAAUGGAUUCGGGAGUUUAAAAAUAAUGCAGUGUAUAUAGUGAAGCGUAGGAAGAAGCCAUUGGGGACGGUGAAUUCCCCAGACAAUCAACCAUGACGCCGAAACGAAAGACAACGAGUUCGGAAUCAACAUCGUCAAGCUCCUCAGGCUCAUCGUCUAGCAGUUCCUCCAGUUCGGGAAGUGAGUCGAGUUCCUCUGAUUCUGAAAACUCAAGUAGUUCAGCGCGUAGCCCAAAAGUCUCGGACACAGAGAGAAAUAAGAAGAAAGCACCAGCUCCAGCGAAUAAGCAUGGAAAAUCAAAAGCUGAGACAACAGUUGGAGGAUCUGAGACGAAGAGCAAAGAGAAAUCAACGCCAAAGCCACGUCCAACAGUUGUCUAUUCGUCAGAGUCCGAGGAAUCUCCGACAAAAUCCAAGCCCUCGGUGAAGAGGAAACCUCCCGCAAAGCCAAAAGCAACAGCUACUGUUGCUCCAGUGAUAAAAGCUCAGAGGCCCUCUGGAAAAGUCAGUCACGCACCGUCCCAGCAGCACAAAAAUGCUCUCGCCUCGAAAUUGCUGCAUAACAAAGGGAAUAAGGGUGCUGGGGGUGGUGGCAAUGUUGGCAAAAUAUUAGAUAAAUCAGGAAAACCCCCGUCUGAACCUGUGCAAAAGAAGCUGAAGAAGAAGAGCAUCUUCAGCCCUGAGAACAGCAGUGAAAGUGACAGUCCUUCUCCACCGAAGCCCACUACCAAGGGAAGUGGCAAUGUUACCAAGUCAAAACCACCCCCUAAGCCCAAGAGCAGUGAAACAAAAUCCAGACCAAUAGCUAAUCGACCCAGUUUAGUUACAAGACAACAGAUAAAGUCUGAGAGCUCAACGAGUUCGAAAAGCGGUUCAGGGGGCUCUGGUGGCUCUGGAUCGUCAGGCUCCUCCGAUAGCAGCUCAGACUCUGACUCAUCUGACAGUCCCCCGAGUCCUCAGCCACCUGUGAAGAAAAAGGAGAUACAUUCGUCGAGUAAUACUUCCAGUGCACCUCCGAAAAGGCCUUCAGUGGCUGUGGCUGCUGUGAAGCCGCAGAAAAAUACGAAACGGCCAGUGAUAAAGAGUGAAGAUGAUGUCUCAGAGAGUGAUAAAGACGAGGAUGAGCCUCCUGGGAGAAUUUCAAUGGCGACGUCCCCGAAAGGGAAGAAAAAAAUAUCACCCAGAAAAGGCAGUAAAUUAAUCCCAUCUCAAAUUAAGGAAGAAAGUGAUUCAGAGUCUGAUACAGCGGAUGUGAAGAGGAGCACAAGUAAAUCACCAGUAAAGCGAGCCGCAGGAAGACAUUCCUCAGCAACAUCAAGGACAACUCACAGCUCUGGCGGCUCAGGAAGAGGAUCACAGAGUGCAACAGGACGAGCGCGUUCAGUCAAAGAGCGAGAAUGUCCUCUAGCAGCGACAUGCGAGUCUUUCGGGCAUUUAUCAGGGAAAUUUGAUAUGCAUUUCACACUUGAAGCGUGCCCAUUGUAUCAUAAUACAACACCACAGGCCUGUGUGGAAUUUUACAAAGAACGAAAGAAACGCGAGGAUGAGCGAAAAAAAGCGCUGACGAAUACGGGAAAAAAAUCACCGAAAGGGAUGCACCAGACGAAUGAUCAAAGGCACUAUCAGUUAAAGGUUAAAGACUUGAGGACAAAACGAAGCCGACCAAAUGGGGAUGGCAAUGAUAGCGACAGUGGGGGUGAACCCCCUGGGAUUGAAAAGGAUCGACAGCCUCGGUUGACCGGUCUCACUUCCGAUUACGAUCUGAAAUUGUUCAUGGAGGCGCAGGCACUUGCCAGCGAAAAAAUCGAGAAAGAGCUGAAGGACCUUGACUACGAGGGUGAGGGACGCAAUGGGGGUGGUACAAAGUGCGUAGAAAUGGGCAAAUGGGAGAUGGAAGUUUGGUAUCAGAGUCCAUAUCCCGAGGAGUUCAGCCGAGCCCCCAAGCUGUACUUGUGUGAAUUCUGUCUGAGGUACGCCAAGAGCAAGCAAGUCCUCAGGAGGCACAGGGAGAAGUGUGUUUGGAAACAUCCACCGGGUCAUGAAGUCUACAGGAAAGACAAAAUCGGCGUUUGGGAAGUUGAUGGGAAACGGUAUAAGCAAUACUGCCAGAAUCUUUGUCUUCUUGCAAAAUUUUUUCUCGACCAUAAGACCCUUUACUACGACGUCGAGCCCUUUCUCUUCUACGUGAUGACAAUAAAUGACUCCGAGGGCUGUCACACUGUCGGUUACUUCAGCAAAAUGAAGGCGGGUCUAUUUGAAAUGGAGAAAAAUUCAUUCUUGAAUUACAACGUCUCGUGUAUACUGACUCUACCACCCUAUCAGCGUCAAGGAUAUGGAAGGCUACUCAUUGAUUUCAGUUAUCUCUUAACGAGGGUUGAGAAGAAAAUUGGCUCACCGGAAAAACCAUUGUCCGAUCUUGGUCUCAUAUCGUAUCGGAGCUAUUGGAAAGAUGUGCUGCUACAGUAUCUGUGCAACUUCGGGGGAAAGGAACUUUCUGUAAAAGACAUCAGCAAGGAGAUGGCAAUUGACUCAUACGACAUUGUGAGCACUCUCCAGGCCCUCGGGAUGAUGAAAUACUGGAAGGGAAAACAUAUUAUCCUGAAAAAACAGGACGUGAUCGACGACUACAAGGAGAGGGUAAAACGACGUGGCCCUGUCUACAAAGAAAUCGAUCCGGAGUGUCUGAAAUGGAAUCCCUUCCAGCCACCCAAGACGCCCUCAGCCAGCAACUGAACUCAGCAGACAAGUAAGGGACAAUGAUGUCGUUGACGCCAACCCAGACAACACCGACAACCAACACCAACAUUACUGGUCUUUUUUCUUCUCCCCUUCUACUGUUCAUUUUUCAUGGCCAUGUGGAGAAUCGAGGGAAAAUUCUUCCAGUUGAAGCCAACGUAAGGGAGAUUCACCCUGGUCAUGUAUGAGCAAUGAUCGGAGACAAUGUAGAAAGGGGAGAAUAUCCGGAGAUGCCCUUGCAAUACUCAGGGAGAAGAUGGAGCAUCUUUGCGGUGGCAAAUGGGACUUAAUGCGUAACUCGGGAGAAAUUAUUCGAAGGGGUGUAACUAGGAAUUAUUUUGGGUCAAUCCAAUAGCGAAGUGCGGGGAGAGAAAUCUUCAAUUCGAAUUAUCUCUAACUUCAGAAAUAUGAUUAAGGAAAGUUUUACGAGUACGGAAUUUUUUUGGAGCAUUUUGUAAUUAACGUUUAAAUUUUCGAAGAAAAAUUAAGGGCUGUUACUCAAAUUUUCCUAGUGAACUUCGUAAUUUUUGCUGAAUAUUUCUCUCCAUGUGGUAAAAUGAGAUAAGUUGACUUAUCUCUGAGGAAUCUCUUCGAAUAUAAGAGAGAUAACGGAUUUUUUGUAAUGACAUUUGUUACAGUACUCAAUUCAGUCCGCAAGAAGUGUUAAAACAAAAAUGUGUCAUCUUCCCUACAUUUCGUGAUAUUCAUGAAAACUGAUCAACAGCCAGAAGUGACUCAUCUCGUUUUACCGAGAAAGUUGGAACAAAACUCGAUUACCAAACGAUGCGAUAAAUGCUAUCGAACUUUUCACUCUGUACAAACGAUUGAAUGAGAAUUUAUCUGAGAAUCACUACUUUCUUUUUUGGGGAAUAAUAUUUAUUGGACAAGGCAGGAAACUAGCCCUUUUAAACAUUCCGGUUGCAUUUGCUCCAUUUUUACACAAAAAACUCGGCUGACAAAUUCAAACAGCUUCAACUCAUCAUCGCAGCUAAAAAAAUUAAUUCAAUUCCUCCCCAAACUGAGCGCUAGCUGGGGUGAAUUUUAAAAAGGCAUAAAUCAGAUAAAUGCUCGUGAUGCUCGGACACCAACGACUGUCGACAAUUAAUUUUUCAGCUCUCACCAUGUUUAUUCCGUUUUUACAUCACUUUUGACAUUCAAUGGACUCUCAAACUUCAUUAUACAGUGAAGUCUUCGUAAGUACAGAGUGUGAAAUAUUUUACGAUCGCUCCUGCAUAAAUGAGUGUGUCAAUAAAUCCAUGGAAACUGUAGGAAUUCCUGCGAUCAAUAACAGACCAUGAAUUUAUUGAGAUACUAGCCACUGACAAGAGGUAUCGUGUUAAUCCUGUUUUGAAAUCAUAACUUUAACUUCAAGCCACUGAAUCUUGAAUUCAAGAAUUUACCAGUUCGAAUGGUUUCCACGAAUUAUCAUUAUAGCAGAACUGAACAAAUAUUUCAUGAGAUUACUUUCUUUGUAAUGAGAAUCCAUAACUGGCAGGGAUUUUCGUUCAUUAAUUAAUUAAUCUCGUGCCUUAAUUACUCACAACCUUCGCUUUCUCGUGAUUCCCAAGGUAAAUUGAUAAUGAAUAUUCGGAGGAGCCAUCAUUUCAAGGAUUUUGGAAAUUAAGUAAUGUGCAAAUGAACGAGAAUUAUUUACCAACUUUAAUCAUAAUUAUAAUUAUUAAUCUGUUGGAGGGAGGAGGGAGAAAUUACCCAAAGUGAGCUACAGGGCAAUCAAGAUGUAAUAUAUUUGUGGAACAUCAUUUUUGGGUAAUUACCUGGUGCUUCACAUCAAGUACAAAAUAAUAUUUGACUCGUUCCUGUGUCAAUUGUCGCGAUGUUUGUAAUGUUAUGUAAAUAUACCAAUAUUAAUUGAAUGAAACAAUGUUUUAGUGUAAAUAAUACAGCUAAUUGAAUGAUUUAA